GUCCAAUCUAUCCCCAUUUCCCAGACCACCCAAACCCACACAACCCACUCGGCGGCGGCGGCGGCGGAGCACGCGAAGAUGGUGAAGUUCCUGAAGCCCGGCAAGGCGGUGAUCCUUCUCCAGGGUCGGUUCGCCGGCCGGAAGGCGGUCAUUGUGCGCGUUUUCGAGGAGGGCACGCGCGACCGCCCCUACGGCCACUGCCUCGUCGCCGGCCUAGCCAAGUACCCCAAGAAGGUGAUCCGUAAGGACUCGGCCAAGAAGACGGCGAAGAAGUCGCGCGUGAAGUGCUUCCUGAAGCUGGUCAACUUCACCCACAUCAUGCCCACCCGCUACACCCUGGAUGUCGACUUCAAGGACGUGGCCUCCGGCGGGCCCGACGCCCUCGCCACCCGCGACAAGAAGGUCGCCUCCUGCAAGGCCGCCAAGGCACGUCUCGAGGAGAGGUUCAAGACCGGCAAGAACAGGUGGUUCUUCACCAAGCUCCGCUUCUAGGAGCAGAGCGUCUUUACAAUACUAGUAGUUCCUUGUUCUUGCAAUCAAUAGCACACUGAGCUAUCUCUAUCACUGUUUUUGUAUUGUCCAUGAGGAUUUUGUGGUUAGUAUGGAUCUCGGAGAGAGUUUAAUUAAGGCAUGAUGAUGAUGAUGUUCCAUGUGUUAAAUCAUGCUAAAGAAUGCACAUGGUUGCAAUUUUGUUGGAACUUA